UCUGUUCUAAAUUCUGAGUAAAACAGAACAUGGAAUUGAAGAAGAAGAAGAGGAAGAAGAAAGGGAAGAAGGGAAGCCAAAAGCCAUCUGGUCUGAUCCUUUCCAUUUCUAUUCAGCGUCCACCCUAUAUUAUAGGGAUUCAAUCAUCCGCUAAUCAUGGACGCUAAUCACUAUCCAAAUCCAAUUCUUCUCUCUCUCUCUCUCUCUAGGGUUUCUUUGUGAGCUCUCAAUUGGUUCUGCCAUGGCUGCGAGUUCUUUUACUCUUCCUUCCUUUAGCCACAUGGACACAGUGAGAGACAAAGAGACUGACGAAGCGGAAACUUGAGAGGAGACGGUGAACUGCAGUUCGGAUGAAGGUUGAAUUGGGAGUGACUGAUUGAUUCAUCAUGCGGAAUUGCUACUGUAGGUGUGGGGUCUAGUGUUUUAGGAGUAGGGAUCAUAGAAACAAAAAAGAAGGAAACAGAGAUCAUGAGAAGUUACGGAGAAAUUUGAGGUUAUUAUAGCGGAGGAAGAGCUAUGAUUAGUUCGGGUAUUAACUUAGUGAUGACUAUUAUUGGGUUUGCUGUGAGUACGAUGUUCAUAGUAUUUGUAUGUACGAGGCUCGUUUGUGCUAGGAUCCAAUUGAAUGCUUCUAGACGAUCCUUCCCUACAGCUUCUAGAUCUGAUCUUAGUCUACUGGAACGAGGGCUUCAUGGUCUGGAACCUGUUGUGGUAGCAACUUUUCCUACAAAGAAGUUCAGUGAUGAGUUGUUCUCAUCUGGAGAAGACACCCUAUGCACGGUGUGCCUUUCAGAAUAUCAAGAAAAAGACAUACUGCGUAUCCUGCCCUACUGUGGGCACUCCUUCCACGUGACCUGCAUAGAUAUAUGGCUGCAGCAACAUUCCACCUGUCCUGUCUGUCGAAUUUCAUUGCGUCAGUCUCCAGAGAGAAAACGCAUAAUGCAACCCAUGUUCAGUUCAGCCGUCCGAUCUCCAUAUGGGAUGAAUUCCCUGGACUCGCAUUCAAAUCACUGUUUACACACUAGCCAUGGGUAUUCCUCAAGACCCGUAGACAACAGAAGGAUGGAACCCAUCCAAGAGGAUCAGUUUACAUCUGAGGUUGGUACAGCAGAGGUUGGAGGGAAUAUCUCCUUGACAGAAGACACUCAGAUCCCAAAUGACACCGCAUUCUACAAAUCAGUAAACAAGCAUGUUGAGAGUCCAUCAAAUUCAUAAAGACAUGGGGUAUUCUGUAUCUAUGUUCAUUGACACUUAGCUAUUGCCCGAGACUAGAUGUUGGCAUUGAAGUCACUUUACAGACCUCGUUUCUUCUUACGGCUUACUGUACAUAUGGCAACAUUUUCAGUGGUUUCCUGAGGAUAGCUGGCUUCUUAGCAGCUUUGUGUGUUCAACUAUAAAAGCAGGGUCAAAGAUUAUUCAAGCUUGGUGGAGGUGGUUGUUGCUUUCCUCUAAACAUGCACAGUGUACUAUCUCUAUCGUUUUUGACCCACUCACGUUUUUUGUUGAAUUCUUCUUAACCUAUUUGUUGAUUUCUCCUUAAGAUGCUUCACUUUGUUAUGGUGGGGCUUGAGACCCUGUCGUGUAGCAUCUGGUAUUCAUCUGAGAGAAAUAUCCUCGAUCAUGUCGAGCUGUGAAUACUGUACCGCUUGCAGUGUUAAAAGCUGUGGAUUUACUAAUAUCCGUAGUUUCUGUUUUACACAUUGUUAUUAUCUUAUUCCGGUGAGUAUCAUGGGUACUGUAGUUCCCUCAAGGACUA